AUGGCAGCGCCGCUCCAGGCCGGGCCAUGGCCAGGCCUGUCUCGGGCCCUGGCGGCAGGGCUGCUGGCGCUGCUGAGCGUGGCCUUGGCUCUCGGGGGUGACCCGCGCGGCGGUGGCCCGCGGUUUCCCUGGGACGCGGUGAGGCUCCCCAGGCACGUCAUCCCGCUGCGUUACCACCUCCUCAUCCAUCCUAACCUCACCACCCUGACCUUCUCCGGGACCGCCGCCAUAGAGGUUACGGUCACCCGGCAGACCAGCGCGGUCGUCCUGCACAGCAAACGCCUGAACAUCACCGGGGCUGCCAUUGAGGCCGGGAGCGCCCGCUCGGCGCAGGAGGCGCGGGUGCUGGAGCACCAGCCCUUCGAGCAGGUGGCCCUCCUUGCCGCUGAGCCGCUGCGGGCCGGGCAGAACUACACUCUCAGCAUCCAGUACUUCGCAAAUCUCUCCGAGUCCUUCCAUGGCUUCUACAAAAGCACCUACAGGACCCGGGAAGGAGAACUCAGAGUCCUUGCAGCAACACAUUUUGAGCCGACAGCUGCGCGAAUGGCCUUCCCGUGUUUUGACGAACCAGCCUUCAAAGCCAGGUUUUCAAUUCAGAUCAGGAGGGAACCGAAGCACCUCGCCCUGUCCAAUAUGCCAAUUGUGAAGUCAGUGAAUAUAACUCCCUGGCUUGUUGAGGACCAUUUUGAUACCACGGUCAAGAUGAGUACGUACCUCGUGGCCUUUAUUAUUUCGGAUUUUAAAUCCAUCAGUAAAAUAACCAGUCAUGGAAUUAAGAUCUCUGUGUACACGGUGCCAGACAAGAUCAGCCACGCUGAUUAUGCGCUGGAUGCGGCAGUGAAACUUUUAGACUUCUGUGAGGAUUACUUCAGCAUUCCAUAUCCUUUACCUAAACAAGAUUUAGCAGCUAUUCCUGAUUUUCAGUCUGGUGCUAUGGAAAACUGGGGACUGACCACAUACCGGGAAUCUGCAUUGUUGUACGACCCUGAAAAGUCCUCAGCGUCUUCUAAACUUUGGAUUACUAUGAUAAUAGCCCAUGAGUUGGCUCAUCAGUGGUUUGGCAACCUCGUUACCAUGGAGUGGUGGAACGAUCUGUGGUUAAACGAAGGGUUUGCAAAGUUUAUGGAGUUCGUGUCAGUCAGCGUUACCCAUCCAGAACUGAGAGUUGAAGACUUUUUCUUAAGGAGAUGUUUUGAUGCCAUGGCAGUGGAUGCAUUACAUUCUUCACAUCCUAUAUCUACUCCUGUGGAAGAUCCAGCUCAAAUUUUAGAAAUGUUUGAUAAUGUUUCUUAUGAGAAGGGAUCUUGUAUAUUAAAUAUGCUGAGGGACUACCUGACUGCUGAUGUGUUUAAAGCUGGACUUGUCCAGUACCUGCAGAAAUACAGCUAUCAGAAUACAAAAAAUGAAGACUUGUGGAACAGCAUGUCAAACAUUUGCCCUACAGUAGGUAGAGAUAAAAAUGAGCUACAAGGUGAUGGCUUUUGCAGAAGAAGCCAAGAGUCAUCUUCAAAUGCACACUGGACUAAAGGAGAGACUCUUGAUCUGAGGGCGAUGAUGGACACUUGGACACUGCAAAAAGGUUUUCCCGUGGUAACUGUCACAGUGAGAGGGAAGAACGUCCACCUGCAGCAGCAGCGCUACGUGAAGGGAGAAGAUUCUCCUUCAUCCACAGGGUACUUGUGGCACAUCCCACUAACCUACAAAACCAGUAAAUCUGACACUGUUCAGAGGUUUUUGAUGACAACUAAAGCAGAUGUCAUCAUCCUUCCAGAAGAGGUGGAGUGGGUUAAAUUCAAUGUGGACAUGAAUGGGUAUUACAUUGUGCACUAUGAAGGUGAUGGAUGGGAUCGUCUGAUUAACCUUUUGAAAGAGAACCAUACAGUGAUUAGCAGCAAUGACAGAGCAAGUCUCAUUAAUGACAUAUUCCAGCUUGUGAGAAUAAAAAAAUUGCCAAUUUCGAAAGCUUUUGAUUUAACUUUGUACCUGAAACACGAAAGACAUAUCAUGCCUGUACUCCAAGGUAUGAAUGAGCUGAUUCCUAUAUACAGGCUCGUGGAGAGGAGGGAUACAGAUGGUACGGAAAAACAGUUAAAGGAUUAUAUAGUCAAUCUAUUUAAAGACCUGAUUGACAAGCAGUCUUGGAGUGAUGAAGGCUCAGUGUCUGAGAGAUUGCUUAGGGACUCGCUCCUGCUGUUUGCGUGUGUGCACAGGUACCAGCCGUGCGUGGACAAAGCCAAAGGAUAUUUUACGGAAUGGCAGAAAUCCAAUGGAACCUUGAGCUUGCCAGCAGAUGUGAAGACAGCAGUGUAUGCUGUUGGAGCACAAACAUCCGAAGGCUGGGAUUUCCUCCUUAGUAAAUACAGACUGCACUCGUUCAGUGUAGAGAGAGAGAACAUUGAAUUCGCUCUCAGCCUCAGUAGGAGUAAGGACAAACUUCAGUGGUUAAUGGAUCAAGGUCUGCGUGGUGACAUCAUAAGAACUCAGGAUCUUCCACAUAUUAUUGUAUUUGUGGCCAAAAACCCAUCUGGCUAUCAUCUAGCUUGGACAUUUUUAAAAGAAAAUUGGGAGAAAGUUGUAGAAAAAUUUGAACUUGGUUCGAAUUCCGUAGCAGCCAUUGUCACUGGAGUGACAAGACGGUACUCGACAAGGUCACAGCUUGCACAGGUGAAAGAAUUCUUCAGUUCUCUGGAGGAAAAAAGCACACAGCUUCGCUGUGUCCAGCAAGCUAUUGAAACCAUUGAAGACAAUAUACAAUGGAUGGAUGGAAAUUUUGAGAAAGUAAAAACAUGGCUGCAAAACAACCAUCUGUAAAUUAAGGCACCUUGCUUAUCCUUGUCAGAAAUAACUGAAAAGCACUGCAAAGCUGUGAAAAUUCAGGGCUGGAGGGACAGCUCAAUUGUAUAAAUCAGUUUCUUUGGCAGGAGCCAUAGGAAGGCAGUCUGAUCCUGCUGCUCAGUAUUUUUCUCUCUCAUGGUUCUGGUUUGCUGGGAACAGAACUACACCAUUCAUUGAUCUCUUUCAUCAGGUAACACUUAGAAAAGGAACGUUGUACAGUGAACUAAGACAUGUGGGAGGCUGACUACUAGAAAUCUGUAAGACAUUGCUUCUCAAAAAGCAGAAGGUACUGGGAGACAAACAGCCAAGAGAAACUUUCCACCUGAAAAUGCUGACCCUUCUGGUAUCUUUCCUACAACAACUGGCAGCUCUGUUUAACACUGAAAUGCACUAAAGCUCUGGAGCAAUGCCAUCUUUCCAUGUGUCUUUAUCCUUAUGUUGUAUGUUUCCAGGAGAAUUUUUACAAACAUGUACUGCAAAUCAAGCAUCACGUAAUUAAAACAAACCCCAAGUAGCAACGGCCAUUAAAAUUGCACCUGCCAGAGUUAACAUGAUAAGGACUAUCUGUGCAAGCUUUAUAGUCUCUCAGGGCUGGAGGUAGUUGCGAUGCUGUGGAUGCUGUGCAGGGGUGAUGCUGAGCCGCUGCUGCACUUCUGUCACCUCAGUACCUCCUCUCCCAGGAGUUCUGCCCGACUCCUUUUGCUGCUGAUGUAAUUACUUUGCCUGCACUGGAAACAGUCCUGCGCUUUUAGGUAACAUUCAGGAAACGAGUGCAUACAUUUUGUGUGGGGAAAAAAAAAGGUGGUGGUGAAUUUUACUUUACUUGAUAAACCAUCAGCUUGUCUGAGCAGGAAUUUUUGCUUUUAAUUAUUCCUUUUUUGCCUAAUUGAAAUGCAACUGUUGUGACAUGUACUCAGUGACAUUUAAAGGGGCAGUCAUUCAUUCAUAAUGGCCUUUAUAUCUUAUCUGUAGGGUAAUGAUAAGAAUUCUAAGCUAAUUGCUAAUUAAUACCAUGUACUUGGAAGGGACAGUUACUUAAGAAAGCUAAGUUGAAACCUUGGAGGUAGGGGUUUUUUUUGGUAGAGGGAUUUUUUGUAACAGGCAGUUGUAAAUGGCUUUGUCUGUUCACCUGCAGAAAACUUUUAUUUUUGUACUAAACUUUUAAAAAAAAAGAAAUCCACAUAAUUCCCACAUGUGCUGAAAAGGCAGUUAUUUCUUUGCUUUUACAACCAUGCCCUUGACAUGAUUCUGUAGUGUUCAUUUCCUCUGCAGUUCUGACCUGCCUCAGUUUCCUCACUUGAUAUGCUGAAGCAGCCAGAAACCUUAAGAGAGAUAAAGACUUAGGGAAAAAUGCAUAAUCUGGAUUUGAUCAUAAGCUUUUGACUGUGCCUUGCUUGCUCUUCUCUCAAGUAGAGAUUAUACCUGCCCAGGAAGUUGAGACCUACUUCAUUAGUGUUCAGAAAGGCUGUUGAGUUCUGCUCGAGGGCAAAAAGCUCUGUCACAAUGCUGUAGAAAAUACCAUUUCCUUUUGCUCACCGUAUCCUUUUAUAAACGAGGCCUCUUGUACUUCUUAACUCAUUACAAGAAACAGGAAUUCUGAGUAGGCUGUGCAUCACGUGUACAACAUUUUCUGGUAUUUCAGGUAUUGUUAACUGUUGCUUGCUUUAAAACGUUUCCAGAGCUGAAAAACAAAAAAUAAAACUUGAUUACAUGCUUCUAGAUAAAGUACUUCAUUUGUGUAAUUUCGCACAUUCGUUUCUUCUGCUGU